AAUGGAGACCAUGCAUCUGCCAAAUAUUCACUGUUGUUUGACUUCCAUAUGGGUAUUCCUCGUGAUUUUCUUUCACAACUUCCACCACAUGCACGGGCUGGAUAAUAAUACACAGAUCAUCAAUAUCGGAGCCAUGUUGAGCUCGGCACAGCAUGAAGAGGAAUUCCUGAAAAUUAUUGAAGAUGUGAAUACAGAACGAAUGCCAGGAAUAAGGAAACUUAACGGAACCUUCCUGGUGAUGAAUGCCAAUCCUAUUCAGUUGGCAUUAUCUGUUUGUCGGGAUCUAGUCUCCCAGCAGGUAUAUGCAGUGAUUGCAUCUCAUCCUCCAAAUUCUGAUUUAUCACCUGUCUCAAUAUCAUACACAUGUGGAUUCUAUCGUAUUCCUGUCAUUGGAAUAAGCUGCCAAGAAUCUAUAUUUUCUGAUAAGAAUAUUCACAUGUCUUUCCUGCGUACUGUACCACCAUAUGCACAUCACGCUAAAGUUUGGGCUGACCUGCUAGAUAUAUAUGGAUGGGAGCGAAUUAUUACCAUCACCAGUAGUGAUCAAGAUGGAAGAGCUGUCCUGAGUGCUUUCAAACAAAUAGAAGAACACAGCGAUGGUGAGAUAAAGAUUGAGAAAUCUUUGGUAUACAAACCCAGUAGUAAAACUAACAUGACUGAACUGUUGAUGAAAACCAACGAUGUUCACUCAAGAGUUUUUCUCUUGUAUGCAAAUGAGGAGGAUGCAUGUAGUGCAUACGCUGCAGCAAAGAAACUUAAUAUGACCGACUCUGGGAACGUAUGGCUUGUACCUGAACAAGCAAUCUCAGGAAAAGCACUAAAAGAAGCACCAACAGGUAUAGUUGGUCUUCGACUUGUUAAUGGUACUAAUGAAGUGGCUCACAUAAAUGAUGCUAUCCAUAUUAUAUACCAAGCAGUGGAACAAUUAUUUGACAAAAAUUCUAAUAAUAAUAUUACAAGACCACCAAGCAGUUGUCGGGGCACUGAGAAAUAUUGGACAAGUGGACCACAAUUUUAUAAAUAUCUUCUGAAGGCAUCUCUACAGAAUGGUCAGACUGGGACUGUUGAAUUUGACCAGAAUGGAGAUAGAACGUCUGCUGAGUAUGAAAUCAUUAAUGUUGUUGAUGGAAAAGACAGAAUGGUUGGAACAUGGCCGUUUCAUACCACGAAAAAAUUAAACAUUGUAUGGCCUGGUGGGCAGGAAACUGACCCAGAAGGUUAUCAAAUCUCUAAACGUUUAGAGGUCGUCACUAUAAAGAGUCAUCCAUUUGUGUUUGUAGAAGAAAUGGGACCUGAUGAAAAAUCCAGCCACAGUCAAGACAAACUUUAUAUUAAUGGUACAAAUGAUAAGAGGUGGAAUGGUAUGGUUGGUGAACUGCUAGAUGGGAAAACAGACUUAAUUGUGGCACCUUUGACCAUAAAUAAUGAAAGAGCCACAUUCAUUGAUUUCUCAAAACCAUUCAAGUAUCAGGGCUUGACAAUCCUAGUUCGAAAGGAGGACUCGGGAAGCAGUCUGACGUCAUUUCUUCAGCCGUUUGAAAGUGCACUCUGGCUGCUUGUCGGACUUUCAGUUCAUGUUGUAGCUCUCAUACUUUACCUGCUUGAUCGAUUUAGUCCUUUUGGACGUUUUAAAUUAGCCAAUGAAACCGGAGAAGAAGAGGAUGCACUAAAUUUAUCGAGCGCUAUGUGGUUCUCAUGGGGUGUCUUAUUUAAUAGUGGAAUUGGAGAAGGUACACCAAGGAGUUUCAGUGCUCGCGUAUUAGGCAUGGUGUGGGCCGGAUUUGCUAUGAUCAUGGUAGCGUCAUACACUGCUAAUCUGGCAGCUUUCUUGGUUUUGGAUAGACCAGAAGCUAGUAUUACUGGAAUCAAUGAUCCUAGGUUGCGUAAUCCUUCAAAAGAAUUUACAUAUGCAACUGUCAAGGGUAGUUCAGUUGAGCAGUAUUUCCGACGACAGGUGGAGUUGUCUUCCAUGUAUAUGUUUAUGCAGGANNUAAAUUAUCCUGAUGCUAAUAUUGCCAUACUAGCAUUAAAAGACAGGGACUUGGAUGCUUUCAUAUGGGAUUCAGCGGUCCUUGACUAUGAAGCAGCUAAAGACUGUAAACUAGUCACUGUUGGGGAGCUAUUCAGUCGAUCUGGAUUUGGAAUUGGUGCAAGGAAAGGGAGCCCUCUAGCGCAGAAAAUAUCCCUGAAAAUCUUGAGUUUCCAUGAGAGUGGAAUUAUGGAAGGACUGGAUUCUGAAUGGAUAACUUUCCAGCAUUGUGAUGUGCGAGACAAUCAACCGGCAACGCUUGGAUUGAAAAACAUGGCAGGUGUUUUCAUUCUUGUAGCUGGUGGUAUAAUUGCUGGUGUCUUCCUUGUGUACAUAGAGAUAUUUUACAAAAGACAUCAGGACAUGAAAGAAAAACAGAUUAAACUUGCUAAGGCUGCAGCAGAGAAGUGGAGAGGAAAUGUAGAGAAACGAAGGACUUUGAGGCAGGUGAAAAAAGGUGGAAAAGCUGGCAACGAAGAAAAGAAAAACGGCCGGACGGACAGUCCACCUCACUCUCCACAGUCGCUGAAUGGAGCAGACAAUCCAACAUUACCUUCACUAUUACAGUUACAUACUAGGAUAAAGAAUAUAAGGAGAAAUCCAACAGAAAAAGUUACAGUGGAAGAGAACAUGGUGUGA